CUUCUCCUGUGGUCAGGGGCGCCCGCAUCCACCGCCAACAAACGACACAGAGGAUUUGACCCAACAUUCGGACGGAAACCCAACCGACCGAAAAAGAACAACGAAAGCGCGUACCCUCCCACGACUUAUCGCUUCUUUCAGCGACAGCGCCAUGGACACGCCGAGACCCCGGGCAACAAACUGAGAAAAGCAUGCGCGCACCAGCAGAUUGCCUAAAGACAUUCGCGCCGGCGUUAGUGCUGCUGGGACUCCACGCGCUCGGCGUUCAUGGCUCCAGAGCGGGCUCCGAAACGGCCGCGACAGCCGCUCCGGCUGCCACAGACGAGGUGUGCGAGUCAAGAACCAUCAACUACAUCACCCACUCGCUGCCGCAGCAGUGUUUGCGCACAUCUUGGACAAGCCCCUCCCCGGCCGCCACCGACGAAUCGACGAGCCAUGCUACCAUUACGGCCACCGCCACGGCGGUCGGCGAAAGCCCCGCCACAGACCCGGAUCAUGGCACCGCGCAGGGCCAGGCCCAAGACACCCAGGAGGAGCUGGCGGCCAGCUCUUUCAUGUCGUUCGAGGAGUGGAAGGAGAUGAUGUUGCGCAAGUCGGGACAGGAUCCCGCCAACAUCAGGUCGCACAGGCAGCGCGAGCACAGGGAGCGAGACCCCAGCAUGCAGAGCGGUGAUGUCUACAGUUUUGGGGAGGAGGGCGAGAUCUCGCUCGAAUUCGAUGCCCUCGCCGAGAAGGUGUCGGAGAUCGCAUCGUCCACGGACAAGGCCACGCCCAAGGCCAAGGAGGUGGUGAAGGAAGAACAGGUUCUCUACGACGACGGGAAGACGCAGUACUACCGGAGCAAGGAUGCCGGCAAAACCUGCAAGGAGAGGUUUUCGUACUCGUCCUUCGACGCCGGCGCGACCGUCCUUAAGACGAGCCCGGGUGCGAAGAAUGCCAAAGCCAUCCUGGUCGAAAACAAGGACUCGUACAUGCUCUUGGAGUGCCGCGCCAAGAACAAGUUCGUCAUUGUCGAGCUCAGCGACGACAUUCUCGUCGACACCGUCGUCCUGGCCAACUUUGAGUUCUUCUCCAGCAUGAUCCGCAAGUUCAGGGUCAGCGUCAGUGAUCGCUACCCCGUGAAGAUGGACAAGUGGGUGGAGCUGGGCACAUUCGAGGCUCGCAACUCGCGAGACAUGCAAGCAUUCUUGAUCGAGCAUCCUCAGAUCUACACCAAGUACAUCCGCAUCGAGUUUCUGAGCCACUGGGGCAACGAGUUCUACUGCCCAAUAUCAUUACUUCGUGUCCACGGCACGCGCAUGUUGGAUACUUGGAAAGAGCCGAGCCAUGACGACGAACCCGAGCAAAUCGAGCCACCUCCGGGAUCAACUGCAGAGACCCAGCAAGUGCAGAAGCCAGCGGGCAGCGACAACACGUCGUCGGUGGCUGACGAGGAGAAGGCCGCGCCUCGAACCCCUUCCACGGAGACGGGUCUUACCCCUUGGUCCCCCCUCUUUCAAGGCAACUUCUCUCUCCAAGUCUGCGAGUUGCCGUCGCCGACAGCCGCCGAACCCACACCAAUCGACUCUGGGUUGAAUGGCCUUCCGAAGGAACCCGCCGCUGCGUCCGACUCAGCGACCCCGCGUCCAUCAGCUGCGCGAACCGUCGAUGAGCGGAUCCAGGCGAGCAAUUCCUCGCCGGCCGAGCCCGUUGGUUCUGCGGAGGCGUCCGCUUCCCACAGGCAGUCGGCAGGCAGUGCUUCUUCCGGGGUUUAUUCGACACCAUCGCAAGCCAGCAAUAACGGCACAGUGAGUAGCACGGGCCAAAGACAAUCCGACAGCAGAACGAACGCUACGGAUAACACCUCAUCUGCCACCCCGACCACCCCACGCAAUAAGACCAGUUCCGCCUCUUCGGCAUCCGCCUCUCCGACCGUGCAAGAAUCCUUCUUCAAAGCCAUCACGAAGCGCCUCCAACUCCUCGAGUCUAAUACCUCCCUCUCACUGCAAUACAUCGAAGAGCAGUCACGCUUCCUGCAGGAAGUUCUACUCAAGAUGGAACGUAAGCAGAUAACACGGGUCGACUCCUUCCUCGAUACUCUCAACAAGACUGUGCUCUCUGAACUACACAACGUGCGCACCCAAUACGACCAGAUAUGGCAGAGCACCGUGCUGGCUCUCGAGACCCAGCGCGAGCAAUCACAGCGAGAAAUUGUCGCCCUCACCUCGCGCCUAAACGUCCUCGCCGACGAGGUCGUGUUCCAGAAGCGCAUGGCCAUUCUACAGAGCGUCCUCCUCCUCUCCUGCCUCGUUCUCGUCAUCUUCAGCAGCCGCGGUGGUCUCGCCGCCCUGGACAGCGCGCCCUUCCCCCCGCCCUGGGCGUCAAGCCCGACCGGCUACCGCCGCUACGGCCACGCCCACUCCGACUCGUUCUCAGGCAUGUCCAUGCCGGGAUCGCCGCCCCUGCAAGGCCAACAAACCGGCGGAGCAGCCGCCGCCGCCGCCGCCGCCGCCGCCACACCUACCACCUCGGCCUUUCAGCGCCAAACCUACCCAACCACAACCUCCUACAAGGACAAGUCCCUCCCGCUGACCCCGCCAUCCGAAUACAGUAGAGAAAGCACUCCAGCGACCCACCCCAACCGCAGCGCCCGGCCAUCCUACUACUACUCCGGCAACCAGGAGGAAGGAGCAGAAGGAGAAGGCGAAGAAGGAGAAGAGGGAGAUGAGGCUGGCGGCGAAGGCGGCACAGCGUCACGUCAGUUCCGACGCCACGUAACAACGCCAACAACAACGCCAGCAGCAGCAGCAGCAGCAGCAGCAGCAGCGGGACCAUCCGCACAAGCAGCAGCGUCGACAGCGCAGGCGCAACAGACGCCGUCGUCAGGCGGAGAGGCCGAGGUCGCCUCCAUCAGAUCCGACCCCGGCCUGCUGCAGCGAGAUGAUGCUGCCUCUUCCAUAUCGAAAGGGAAAGAGCAACAAGGUGAUGAUGAUGAUGAUGAUGAUGAGGGGGAGGAGGAGGAGGAGGAGGAGGAGAAAGGAGGGUGUCGAGUGAGUCCCGCGCUUUUGAGGGCGCGCUCCGCAUCGUCACACUCCGCAUCGUCACAGCCGAACGGCGGACUUAGGAAGCCAUUGCCAGCGUUACCCGAAGAUCCGAGUUGACCAGAGCAGCUCAGCAUAUAGAUGUAAUGAGCAUUAUGAGAAAGGCGUGUUAAUGCAUCCAACGCCCUAACUUGCAG